AUGUAUAGGUGUGAAAAUUCAUCAAAAUGUAUUUCAAAGCAGCGUCUUCUGGAUGGAAUACAUGACUGUCCGUUUGAUGAUGAUGAAACAUUUAAUCGAAGUUGUUCACUUAGCGAUACCCGUCAACGUUUCAGAUGUGCACAUAAUGGUAAUGAAAAGUGUUUUGCAUCAUUAAUUGUUCAAGAUGGAAAAAUAGAUUGCAAAUAUGGUGAAGAUGAAAUUGAUAAGAACCAAGAAAUGAUAAAAAAGCACAUCUAUUUUCAAACGAUAUGUGAUGGCAAAACAGAAUUGUUGCCUGUAUUGAUUGAUGGACAAAAUGAAACAGAUGAGACACUAUGUCACAAUUGGCCAUGUAAUAAUACUUAUUCUAGAUGUGAUCAAUUUUGGUUGUGUAAUGAUGGAGCUGAUGAAGUUAAUUGUCCAACUUCAACUUGUCCUGCACUCCAUCAUGAGUGUGUUUUUCCAAAUGAUACAUCUAAAGUGUCAUGUUUACCAAUUACUAAAGCACAUAAUGGUGUUAUUGAUUGUCUUGGUGGAACAGAUGAACGAGGACGAUAUCGCGAAUCUUCUUGGCCUUUUAUCAGACAUGAUUUUCAUUGUUGGAACAGUACAAAGUCUAUUGAUGUUAACGAUCUAUGCAAUAGAAAGAAAAAUUGCCCAUUUAACGAUGACGAAAUAUUUUGUAAAAAAUUUGGAUUUGAAGGUUUUCCACAUUGUAUGUUUUCAAAACCUACUCUAGUGGGUGUCGAAGAAUUUCUUUGCAGUUUUGGCGACGACAUUCGUCGAGAUCAAAAGGUCUUCUUGAAACUACAUAAUGUGCCAACUUAUCCACUACAACUAACAACUAACGAAACACCAACUACAUCGUCGAUUCGUAUAAAAUCGCGUUCAACUGAAGAGAAUCCGACUUUCAGAGCAUCAUUUUUCGAACAAAGACAAUGUAAUCUAGGAAUACCAGUUAGCCUUCGCGUAACUAAUAAUGCAUCCUUAUUAUAUUGCCUUUGUCCACCAAGUUACUAUGGAGAUAUAUGUCAGUAUCAAAAUCAACGUAUACGGAAAGUAUUUACUGUUUGUGGAAAAAAUCAAAUUGAUGAAUACCGAUUAAAUUAUAAUGAAUAUAAUCCGUCUGAUAUUCGUGGAGCGUCUUUUAUGUACGAAUCUAUUUGUAUGAAAUUCAAAAAUGAAACCGAAUUUAAUUUAAAGUAA